UUUUUUUUUAUAUGACAGAACAAAUUUCAAAAGAUGAAGCUGCUAUCUAUGACCGCCAAAUUAGAUUAUGGGGUCUUGACGCUCAACAAAGGAUCAGGAAAGCCCGUAUUCUUAUGGCUGGUAUGCGGGCCCUGAGCAACGAAGUAUGCAAGAACCUUGUGCUAGCAGGCAUUGCCAGUAUUACAUUACUAGACCAUGAAACAGUAACAGCAUUUGAUUUAGGCGGCCAGUUUCUUAUAAACGAAACAUGUAUUGGACAAAAUAAAGCAGAAGCAGCAUCAGCUAGUAUCAAGAAUUUGAAUCCUCGAGUGGAAGUGGUUGUGGAUCAACAAGACAUGAGAGAAAAGCCAGAUGCUUAUUUUGAAUCGUUUGAUAUUGUUUGCUUGGUCCAUUCAGAUCAUGAUUUUAUUACUCAUAUUGACCAAAUAAGACGAAACGUAAAGAAACCAUUUUAUGCUGCUGAUACAUUUGGAUGGUUUGGUUAUAUCUUUUGUGAUCUGACAGAACACACGUAUAUUGUAGAAAAGAAGUUAGAGCUUAAUUCAAAGCAAGCGCCUGUUGCUCAAAAGAUAGAACAAGUAGCAACAUACACUAGCUUCAAUGAUUCUCUACAAAAGAACUGGUCAGACAUGAGAAUCAAAGUCUUAAAAAGAAGAAUUACACCCAUGACUUUCCUUAUCCAUAUCUUAUUUCAAUUCCAAAAGGAAUACAAACGAUCACCCACUGAACAAGACAUAGACACCUUGAUUCAAAACAAACCUCAAUACCUUAAAAACAUGGGAAUUGAAGACCAAAGUGUUUUAGAUAAUGAGUUGCUUAGACAACUAGCAUCGUUAUUUGAUACAGAAAUUGCUCCAGUGGCUGCUAUUGUGGGUGGUGUUUUAGCACAAGAUAUCUUGAGAACUCUGUCUGCUAAUGAAUUGCCUAUUCAGAAUUGGUUUUAUUAUAAUGGAAUUGACGGCACUGGACUUGUGCAUCAAGUGUAAAUCAAGUUACACAACUCAAUUCAAUGUUACUAUAAAAUAAAUGAGUUUUUUUUUUAUUUUUA